CCGCCCACCCAGGCACGCGGUCGGCAGACGCACCGAACGCGCAGCGGAGACGCGCUCAUUAAAGCUCUCACAGUCACACAGCUUCAAGUCUUUUUCUCAUUUCACCAGGGUUUCUCUUCACAGAAAGUCUCAGUACAUUGAUCUCUGGAUAAAUGGAUGUGUAUGUGAUAGUGCUGUUCUGUCUGUGCGGCGUCCUGCAGGCUCAAGAGACAACAGAUCCGAUCUCACUGGAUGACUGCUGUAAAGAUGGUAAGGACAGAGGCCAGGAGUCUCAGGACUGCACGAGUCUGCCGCUCAUCUCAGAGUCCAUCACCUGCAGGAUAGCUCAGGAGCAAUGUUGUGCUGCAGUUCUUGAGGACAACACCUGUACCACCGGCAUCAAUAUGGCAAAGGACCAAGGAAGCUGUGACGCCCUUUUAUCCAGCAGUACCUGCGAAACAAAGACGGCUAAGAUGUGUUGUGAGUGUUGUUUACUUGGCCGGGCGGCUCAAGAACGCGGGCUGUCGUGUGAUCUGAAUCUCCCGGUGGGUUAUCAGUGCGGUCAGGUGUCUCGGGCAUGUUGUGUCGACCGCUUACCAACCCCUGAUGGAAACUCUACAGAGGAUGGACCUCCACCGAGUCCAGAGGACCAAUGCAAAGCUGCUGGAUGUUCCCAACGCUGUCUCAACGGUGCGUGCGCCUGUUUCGAGGGAUACAAGUUCAAGGCUGAUGGGAAAACCUGUGAAGACAUCAAUGAAUGUUUGUUAGGGACUCAUCAAUGUCAAACUGGACAGCGCUGUAUCAACACGAUGGGCUCGUAUCGCUGUCAGAGAGAGGCCAGCUGUGGAACGGGUUAUGAACUUACAGACAGCAACAAAUGUGAAGACAUUGAUGAAUGUGAGCUAGGUUCUCAUAACUGCGCAGCCGGACUGGAAUGCCAGAAUACGGUCGGAUCUUUCCGGUGCCGACCGAAAGUGCAGUGUGGUGCGGGAUAUAUACAGGACGCCCUGGGGAGCUGCAUCGAUAUAAAUGAGUGUUUGAGCAUAACCGGACCGUGUCAGCCGGGUCAGACGUGCAUUAACACUGUCGGCUCAUACACGUGCCAGAGAAACGUUGUUAACUGCGGUCGCGGGUACCAUCUGAACGCCGAAGGAACUCGCUGCGUAGAUACGGAUGAGUGUGCCGGGCCUGAUAAUACCUGCGACAAUCAUGGUUGCAUUAAUCUGAUGGGCUCGUACCGCUGUGAAUGCAGGGCUGGUUUCAUGUUUAACAGCAUCACCAGAGGUUGUGAAGACAUCAAUGAAUGCAGGCAUUAUCCUGGCCGCCUGUGUGCUCACAAGUGUGAGAAUAUUCUGGGGUCCUACAAGUGCAGCUGUACAACUGGCUUCAAACUGGCCAGCGAUGGGCGAAACUGCGAUGACGUAAACGAAUGCGAGGCAAACCCGUGCAGUCAGGAGUGUGCAAACGUUUAUGGAUCCUAUCAGUGUUACUGUCGACGAGGUUAUCAGCUCAGUGAUGUGGAUGGGAUCACCUGUGAGGACAUUGAUGAAUGUGCUUUGCCCACCGGUGGACACAUCUGCUCCUAUCGAUGCCACAACACCCCGGGUAGCUUUCACUGCACGUGUCCUGUGAUCGGGUACACGCUCGCCCCUAACGGACGCAGCUGCCAGGAUAUUGACGAGUGUGUAACGGGCACACACACCUGUGCAGAAGCCGAGAGCUGUUUCAAUGUUCAGGGUGGAUACAGGUGUCUGAAUUUCGAGUGUCCCGUCAACUACAGACGUUCAGGAGAAACCCGCUGCGAACGCUUGCCUUGUAAUCACACUAGCGAGUGUCACGCGUUGCCUGUGAGAAUUACCUACUACCACCUGACAUUUCCCACCAAAAUUCCCAUUCCCACCAACAUCUUCCGCAUGGGUCCCUCCAACUCUGCGCUCGGGGACGACAUCGAAGUGGCCAUCGUGGACGGUAACCAGGGAGGCUACUUCGCCGCCAUACGCCAGGAGCACGGCGGCGUCUUGGUGGUCCAGAAACCGAUCGCGCUCCCUCAGGACUUUGAAAUCUCUCUCGAGAUGAAACUUAGGCGAUUCGGACACCUCAGCGUUUAUCUGUUUAAGAUACGCUUGUUUGUAACCCCAGAGGAGCUGAACAAUGCCAUCAUUGAAUGAAGUGAUGGAAAUGAAUUCAUAUUUUAACUGUGUCUGUUAGCGCACUGCAUUAUUAGUUGGUUUUAAAUGAAUACUGUAUAUGACAGGAGAAAAUGUCUUGAGAUGAAAAUCCACCUGGGAAGUUUCUGAUAAUUUGGAAAUUGUGAUUUGAUAUUUGUUGAAAUUUCUGAUAUGCAUUCAUCUUGCUGUUUUAAAUCCAUAUGCUGUAGAUGGGAUACAGCUACGGCCUAAAUCUCAUGAGAUAUUGGGUUUAGGGUUAGGUUUGAGGGUAGGAUAAUGAUGAAAACAUGGGUUCUGGCUAGAUGGGAUACAGCUACGGCAUAUCCAGUGAAAUGUUGGGUUUACACUGCAAAAAAAUGACUCUCUUACUUAGUAUUUGUGUCUUGUUUUAAAAACAAAUACCUAUAAAUUGUUUAAUCAAGAUAUAUUUUCUUGAUGAGCAAAAUGACCUAAUAAGUCUAGUUUUUAGACAAAAAAAUAAAAUUUAAGUGAAUUUGUGCGUAAAACAUGCAAAAAUAUCUGCUAAUGGUGUGAGAAAUUUUUGCUUGAAUUAAAGGUAUUGCGAAGGAUUUUCUAUUUCUGGGUGGAUCAUCAAGACUAUUGGUCAUCCUAGUUGUCAACCAGGAGUGUUGCGCAAAUGCAUUUUUUUAAAAAGUGGAGAAGGUGGUUCUUUUCUAAAAUUUGAGAAAAUCCUCCGCUACACUUUUAAGUGUUUAAGAAAAAAAAAACUUUUUUCAAGAUUUUUUUCUCACACCAUUUGCAGAUAUUUUUGCUUGUUUUAAGCACAAAUACACUUAAAUUGUAUAUUUUUUGUCUAUAAACCAGACUUAUUUUCUUAGGUCAUUUUGCUCAUUAAGAAAAAGCAUCUUGAUUUAAGAUAUUUUUUAGAUAUUUCUAAUGAAAACAAGGCAAAAAUGCUAAGUAAGGAAGUCUUUUUUUUUGCAGUGUAGGGUUAGGUUUGAGGUAAGAUUAGGAUAACAACAGAGGUCAUCUGGUGAGAUUUUGGCUGUUGCUCUAUACCUUUUAGCCACAACCCAAUACCUCAAAUUAAAACUAGUUUUUGAACUCAACAGACUUGGACUAUCUAGGAAAUUUUACCUUUACUACACUGCAAAAAAUGAUUUUCGAGAAAAAAAUUGUAUUUUUGUCUUGUUUUCAGUAAAAAUAAAUAUAUUUUUUUUUAAUUAAGAUGCUUUUUCUUGAUGAGCAAAAUGACCCAAGAAA